GGGGCGGGGCAAGUCCUGGGGCGGGGCUUGGCCUUCAGGGGCGGGGCUCGAAGGGGAGGGGGCCCAACCCACUGGCAUGGGGCACCCACAGGGCACCACGGGUCCCCUCCCCUUUGCUGUGGGGUCACCACAUCUCUGGGGCACCCACCCCACCCCCGUUCCCUGCCCACGGUGCCCCUCCACGUGGGUCAGGGCGAGGCCCCCCGGCCCCGCUGACCCCCCGUGCCCCUCAGAGGUGCUGCACUGGGGGCCGUGGGGCCCCUGGAGCCCCUGCACCCGCCCGCUCUGGGAGUCCAUCGCCUGCAAGAGCACGGUGGGGCAGCAGCGGCGCACCCGGGAGUGUGUGGGGCACGGCCAGGGGGGGCCCUCGUGCCCCGCCGAGGAGGGGCUGGGCACCAUCCACGUCCGGGCCUGCUACAACAUCCAGAACUGCCUCCUGCACGGGAACUGGUCAGACUGGAGCCCCUGGGGGCUCUGCACCCCCCCGUGUGGGACCAGCCCCACGCGGAGCCGCAGCCGGGAGUGUCGGGCCACCCUCCCCUCCUACAAGCUGACGGUGACAAACGUGGGCAGCAGCGGGAGCAGGAACGUGACGUUCUGGGGGACGCCGAGGCCGCUUUGCGAGCCCCUGUUGGGGCAGAGGCUGCGCCUGGAGGAGAUCCGGCCCUGCCUGCACGUCCUGCCCUGCCCCCCCGACGAGGAAUGAGGCUCCCGGUGACCUCGUGGGACGCUCCUCGGACCCCAAACUCGCCUGGAUUUCCCCCGAAACGCGCUUGGCUCCUCCCCCCGACCGUUCCCCCUAAUAAAGACCCGGCACUGAAGCGGCCCCCGACGGCCUGGGGGGGUGUGGGGGAGGAGGGGGGUCCCGGGGAGGGGCAGGCUCGUGGGGGGGAAGGGGCGGCCCAGGGGUUCUUUUUUCGGGUGUCGCUGCUCGCGAUGACGUCACCGGCCAGACCCCGCCAGACCCCGCCCCUUCCCUCUGCAGAGCCGGGGGCGGGACUGAUGAUGACGUCAUCGCCAGACCACGCCCGCUCGGAGGGUUUUGGAUUGGGAGGGGCGGGGCGGGGGCGGGGCCGGAUGUGAGCGCGCGGGGGCGGGGCGGGGCGGGGCCGCCCGGGGAUGCUUUAGGGGGCUCAUCCUGCAGGGGGGUCAUUCCAGAGGGUCCCACAGGGCCCCCCCGGGCCGCCCCCCCUCCCGAUCCCUUACAGCCCCAUCCCCUGUAGCCCCCCCUUCUCCUGUAGCCCCCCAUCCCUUACAGCCCCCGAUCCCCCGUAGCCCCCUCAUAUCCCCGUAGCUCCCCAAGCCCUAUAGCUCCCGAUCGCCCUAUAGCCCAUCCCUGCAGCCCCCCAUCCCCUGUAGGGCCCGGCCAUAGGGCUGCUGUCCUCGACCACCCCAGCUCCCUCCCCCUACUGAGCAGCUUUUCCCGGGGUCCCUCCCCCUCCA